AUGGCCCUUCCUGGACAUGAUUUGAUUGUAAAUAGUUUAUUGAAAGGAAACGCCGUCUUCGCCAUUAUUCUUGCUUCGAACUUCAUUCCUAUCAUCAUCAUUCCUAUUGACACAUCAUCAUCCGGGCUCAUUCCUCCGGCCAUUGCAAGGCACGAGACCCGCACGACUGCUGUGAAGCACCAUGAUUUGACUCUGGAUUGUCUAUCCAGAGUCACCAUGAUCGACCCAGACGCCAUGACCGCAGAGGUCUACCGCGUAGGUGACCACCCCAUCAAGCAACCACUUAGCACCCUCUCCUUUGCUGAGGUGGAAAAUUCCAUGCAGAAAGCCAGGAGAAGGACGCAGCCGGCAGUGCCUGCAACAAUUGUGGACCUUGUGGCUUUGGUCCAGGUGGACGAAAGGUACAAUACUACCUGUGCGGGGGAACGUAUGCUGUUGGAAGUACAGGAGUUGGGCAUCGAUGGAACCAACCUGCUCUUCCUGUCUCCAUCUCUUCGCAUGGCCGCCACACUUGCCACUGAAGUCCAUCUUGAUGGCACAUUUAAAGUUGUACCUCGCAUGUUCCAGCAGCUCCUGACUGUACAUUUUAUCGCGAUGAACCACGUAAGUGAUCUUCAGUAA